CGCGCGCGGCCGGAGGUGGGCCGGCGCAGCGCUGUGACGUAAUGCAGUGGACGAAGGAGGUGGCCCCGGAUGUUGCGGCGCCCGCUGGCCGGGCUGGCUGCGGCCGCCCUGGCCCGGGCCCCUCCGGACGGCAUGUCGGGUCCCCGGCCUGUGGUGCUGAGCGGGCCUUCGGGCGCUGGGAAGAGCACCCUGCUGAAGAGGCUGCUCCAGGAGCACAGAGGCAUCUUCGGCUUCAGCGUGUCCCAUACCACGAGGAACCCGAGGCCGGGCGAAGAGAACGGCAGAGAUUACUACUUUGUAACCAGGGAGGUCAUGCAGCGGGACAUAGCGGCUGGGGACUUCAUCGAGCAUGCUGAGUUCUCGGGGAACCUGUACGGCACGAGCAAGGCGGCGGUGCAAGCGGUGCAGGCCAUGAACCGCAUCUGCGUGCUGGACGUGGACCUGCAGGGUGUGCGGAACAUCAAGGCCACCGACCUGCGGCCCAUCUACAUCUCCAUACAGCCGCCCUCGCUGCACGUGCUGGAGGAGCGGCUGCGUCAGCGCAACACCGAGACAGAGGAGAGCCUGGAGAAGCGGCUGGCUGCUGCCCGGGCCGACAUGGAGAGCAGCAAGGAACCCGGCCUGUUUGAUGUGGUCAUCAUUAACGACAGCCUGGAGCAGGCCUACAAGGAGCUGAAGGAGGCGCUGUCUGAGGAAAUCAAGAAAGCUCAAGGGACCGGCGCCUGAGGCUUGCUCUCUCUCCUUGGCACCCCGGGUGCAUACCGGACCAGGGCAGCAGCACUGAGCAGCCCCCUUGGCAGGCCCUACGGCAGCUCUGUGCCCUUGGCUGGCGUGUGGAGUGGAGGGGAUGCGUCUCCUGUGGUUGGACCAUGCUGGGGUGACCCCAACCCAAUCCCACCGGGCUGUUCCUCAAACGCGGGCCCCGGGGCUGACAUGCUAAUAAAAUAAUGGUUGGAUUAGAGAGUCCA